GUGAACAUUUGUUUGUCUCGUGUAGUUAAAUAGUGGCAUGGCGGGCUUCCUGAUCAUAGAGGAUGACCCUGCUGUCAUGUCGGACGAACUGGACGCCAUCUCCUGCCCCAACAACUGUGAGAACGACGUCCCGCUACUGUUCGGCCCGUGGUUCGUGUACGCCGUCCACUCGCCUAUUCUGGCGUUCCGGAGUUUUGCCUUACUUCAGGACAUGUGGGGAGAUAACGUUAGGUUACCAGUGGUCAACGUGACCGAGAACGUUACGCUCGCUGAUUGGCUGAUGAACCCUGGGAAUGGGAUCGACUACUUUUUGACCAAUGGUCAGCUCCAGCCGACUAUUACUCUAAAGAAACGUGAGAUCAAGAGGUUCAGAAUGUUGACCGCGGGGAUGUGGGAAAUUCUCUUCAUCACGAUAGAAGGUUCCAGCUGUGAGAUGCAGGUGCUUGCGUGGGACGGGAUGUACGUUGACCGGCCCUACACGGUAACCAAGGUGGUCCUGAUCACUGGACAACGUCUGGACAUAGCGGUCAAGUGUAGCGAGGAGGGAAGCUUCAAAUUGAAGUCCGCUCCGUCCGCUGAUGACUUGUUAAGUGUUGGACCUGAGAGUGUACCUUACACUGGGACACUCGCCACCAUAGUGGUCAAUGGUACAAUCAAUGCCAUCAUGGACUUCCCCGAAGAACUGCCGUCCCGUCCAUCCUACAACGCCGACUUGCGGAACCUAACGUACGAGCAGAUCCAAGGCAGGUUCGUGGUAGAGUUCGGGCCAGGGUUUGAAUUCAACCGCCAACCGUACGUUUCACCAACUUACUACAGGUACAAGGAUGAGGUGGAUACCUUUCAGGAGUGGCACCUUCUGAACACCAACCCUGUAAAGGUGCAUCCCUUCCACACACACGUCCACCAUUUCCAGGUGGUGUCCUACAACAAGUACGAAGGACCAUACGGACAUUUUGAUGUCUUCGCUGGUCCUCCAUCCAAGGCGUUUUUUGAUUUUCAGGGCAAGCUGUGUUAUCACCAGGAUCAGGAUUUUUUCGCCUCAACUGUCCGACCCGACCCUUUUCCUCUCGUCCUAACUCACGCCUGGAACGAGAGCUGGACAAACGAGAAGUCCAUCUACAACCCCGUGGGUCAGUGGCGGGACACGGUCAUCAUGCCGCCCCUCAGUAACAUCACCAUCCGCUUCCAGCUGCACAGGUAUACGGGCCCGCUGUACGUCCACUGUCACAACCUGUUCCACUCGGACCACGGCAUGUCCGGAGUCGUGCAGGUGGUGGGAAGAGGGGAGUCCACGAGCGGCGCUCACGUGUCUGCCGGCGGGAAAUGGCCCGGAACGUGCCGCCGGGAAGACGUGUACAGCCCGAACGGCGCCGGCGGGAUACGCAGCCGGGCCGGCCUGCCGCAGAUCUACGUACAAGUAGCUCACUGGUAAGGGCUUUAGAACAAGGUUCUGGUUCUGGAAAAGUACUGGGCAACACCCCUCUUGUAAAACGCCCAGGAACUGAUGCUGUGCAGCUAUUGCUGGCUCCUCAGGUGUUCAGUGACUUUCCCCCUGAACUUGGCAGGUUCUGGUCACAGUGGCCACAGUGUACGGUAGUAGAUUCCAAUCUUGGACUGUUCGCUGAAAGUAAGAGUGUUGGUAGCAAUUAUUGGUUAAGGAGUUCAGUUUGGGGUUCAGUUUGUACUCAAAGACUGUAUUGAGCACAAACUGAAACCCUAAGACAUUAAGCGGCCAUCGUCAUCAUUCGUUCUCCAAUCCUUUUACUUGCACUGGUAAAAGCAAGGUAAGAAUGACACAUAAAUGGGUAUUUCACAGUCUAUUGGUGUAGCCGAUGUAGUGCUAACCCGAAAAGAGUGGCUUGUAGUAGAUU